UUUUCGUUUAGAUGAUUAUAAAAACGAUUGGCUUUGAAUUUAAAAAACAAAUGUAUUUGCUGCAAAAUGUCCUACUUUAUUUGUGUUGAAAAUGCACCUACCAUCGAAGUAUUCGCUUUGCGGAACGCUUUCGAUAAGGACUCUUUUCCAGAUAAAGUAGAUUUAGGAAUUGGUGCCUACAGGACUGACGAAGGGCAGCCAUGGGUACUGCCCGUUGUGAGAAAAAUAGAACAGGUUUUGGCUGAAGACGACUCUCUAAAUCACGAGUAUUGUGAUAUCUUGGGCAUAGAAUCUUUCAGAAACGCCGCGUCCAGAAUGCUACUGGGUGAUGAUAAUCCUGCGUUUAAGGAAGGAAGGGUUUUGAAUGUCCAGACUGUAAGUGGAACUGGUGCCUUGCAACUGGGAGCUGUGUUUUUAUCCCGAUGCUUAAAUAUGAAGGAUUUUUAUAUAUCAAAUCCUACUUUUCCAAAUCAUCCUGUAGUUUUCCGUGCUGCUGGCUUUACGAAUUGUCACACUUACCGAUACUGGAACUCAGCUGAGAAAAAUCUAGAUUUUACAGGCAUGAAGGAAGACCUUGAAAAUGCUCCUGAAGAUUCUGUAAUCGUUCUUCACGUUUGUGCUCACAAUCCGACCGGAGUGGAUCCAACUCAAGAGCAAUGGAAAGAAAUUGCUGAUUUAAUGAAGAGGAAGAAAUUGUUUCCUUUUUUUGAUUGUGCUUAUCAAGGCCUUGCAACUGGUGAUCUGGAAAAAGACAGUUGGCCUGUUCGUUACUUUAUAAAUCGGGGUUUUGAAAUGCUUUGUGCGCAAUCGUUUUCUAAAAAUUUUGGUUUAUACAAUGAACGUGUCGGCAACUUGACUCUGAUAGUGACCGAUUCCGCUGUGCUGACCAACUGCAGUGCACAAUUUGCUUCACUAAUUAGUGGUUUUUACUUAAAUCCACCACAUUACGGUGCACGAAUUGUCACCUUAAUUCUCAAUAAUCCAUCUCUAUUUAGGAAAUGGAUGGGCCAUAUUAAAGAAAUGUUCGAACGAAUUAAACAAAUGAGAGCUGUUUUGAAGGCAAAGCUAGAUCAUUUAGAUACACCGGGCACGUGGGAUCACUUGGUAUUACAGACUGGAAUGUUUUCAUAUACUGGGCUUUCUGAGGAUCAAAUUAAAUUCCUUGUUGAGGAGCGCCAUAUUUAUUUACCAAGAAGUUCUCGCAUCAACAUUUGUGGACUCAAUUCAAAGAAUAUUGAUUACGUUGCGAAAGCUAUACACGAAGCAAUGACUGAAAUUUCUAAUAACUUCGUCGACGAGAUAUUUUUUCCCACAGCUGCUUUCCAUUUAGUCAGCAUUUCUGUAGCAAAAUAUACUUCCUGGAAAAUGUCCUUCUUUUCUUCUAUUGGAUAUGAACCCCCUUACGAAUAUUUGGAAUUGCGUAAAGCUUAUGAAGAAGACAAUUCUUCAGAUAAAAUAGAUUUAGGACUUAGCGCAUACAGAACUGAUGAAGGACAACCUUGGGUAUUGCCCGUAAUUAGAAAAAUAGAACAAGCUAUGGCGUUAGAUGAUGCUUUAAAAAAAGAAUACUGUGAAAUUUUAGGACCAGAAUCUUUCAGAAAUGCUGCAACCAAAAUGUUAUUAGGGGAAAAUAAUCCCGUUUUCAAAGAAGGAAAGGUUAUGAAUGUCCAGGCUUUAAGUGGAAGUGGUGCCUUACGGCUAGGAGCUGCAUUUUUGUCUCGAUGCUUAAAUAUGAAGGAUUUUUAUAUAUCAAGUCCUUCUUACCCGAGUUAUCCUGCAACUUUCCUUGCCGCUGGUUUUACGAACUGCCACACUUACAGAUACUGGGAUUCGGCUGAGAGAAAUCUAGAUUUUAAAGGCAUGAAAGAAGAUCUUGAAAAUGCUCCUGAAAAUUCUGUCGUCAUUCUUAAUGCUUGUGCCCAUAAUCCAACAGGAGUGGAUCCAACUCAAGAGCAAUGGAAAGAAAUUGCUGAUUUAAUGGAGUGUAAGAAAUUGUUUCCCUUUUUCGACUGUGCUUGUCAAGGCUUUGCAACUGGCGACCCGGAGAAAGACAGUUGGCCUGUUCGUUACUUUAUAACCCGAGGAUUUGAAAUGCUUUGUGCUCAGGCGUUUUCUAAAAAUUUAGGUUUAUACAGCGAGCGUAUCGGCAACUUGACUUUGAUAGUGAACGAUCCAUCUGUGUUGCCCAAUUGUCGUACACAAUUUUCUUCCCUGGUUGAUGGUUUUUACUUAACUCCGCCACUUUAUGGAGCACGAAUUGUAUCUUAUGUUCUCAAUGAUCCAGUUCUAUUUAGUGAAUGGAUGGGCCAUAUCAAAGAAAUGUCCAGACGAAUUAAGGAAACGAGAGCUGCUUUAAAAGCAAAACUGGACAGUUUAGGUACUCCUGGCACUUGGAAUCAUGUGGUAUCACAAAAUGGAAUGUUUUCCAACAUUGGACUUUCUGAACUUCAAGUAAAAUUUCUAGUUGAGCAGCGCCAUAUUUACCUACCAAGAAAUUCUUGCAUCAAUAUAUGUGGACUCAAUGCGAAGAAUAUUGAUUAUGUUGCUAAUGCUAUACAUGAAGCAGUGAUUACAGUUCCUGAUAAUUGAAGAUAUUUCAUUGAUACCGUUAAAUCAAGGCUGUGUGAUACAUAUUGGAAACGGUUUUGUCAGCAAGGCAAAUGCAUAUAACGAAAGCUGUGUAUUUGCAUUUCCUUAUACGUUCUAUCAGUCAGAAUUCUCUCAGGACUACAACAGGAUUUUUUCCUAAUUUAUUAUGGAAAUUUUUAUUCGGUAGACAUGGAUCAUCCUUUCCAAAAAAUUAUUUUUGUGCACAGUUAUAAAGUAAAAAAAAAAUAAUAAUCUUGCUAUAGAUUUAUAACGUAUAUGCUGAAAUUAAUUAGUCCACGUCUUAUUGCUUAUGCCAUGUUACUGCAUUUGUCUUACGCUAUAAUAUCACUCAUUUUCCAUCAACAAGUUUUGAUAUGUCAUUUUAAUCGAAUUCUUUCAGCAUCUUACAGUUGACAUUUAAAUGUAUUAUGUCACAGCACAGCAUGAAAUUACUGACAGACUAUAUAGAUAAUGACAUGUGAAUUGAUUUCCUAGUCUUUAAUAUAAAAUCAAAACUACCCACAAAUUAUGUUACUAAGUAGUUUUAAUAGAC